UCUGUGAUCUGACUCUACAUACAUAGAGGUCAUAGGUAAAGCUAGAACAUUUAAAACUUAUGACCACUGUUGGUCUCUUUCUUUUCUUACAGUGGGCUAGUGCUAGCCUAGUACUGUGACUACUUUGACCAAUGCAUCUUCCAUGGCGUCAGAAGCAGCAGGCAUCAGAAGAGUGCACACCAUCUCUACCUUCUGAACAGCGCGGACUUGGAGCGCGAUGGUCUGCUACGAAAGAUGCUUUCAAGACGCAUGUGGCUACCGCGCAAGCAAACACGAAAUAUACUCUUCAAAGAUACAACGCCAAUGUCAAAGACUGCCUCAGAGCCAAAGCAUCAGAAGAGUGCACACCAUCCCUACCUUCUGAACAGCGCGGACUUGGAGCGCGAUGGUCUGCUACGAAAGACGCUUUCAAGACGCAUGUGGCUACCGCGCAAGCAAACACGAAAUAUACUCUUCAAAGAUACAACGAUAGUGUCAAAGACCGCCUCAGAGCCAAAGCAUACCAGCUCGGGUCACGUCCCGUUGCAUAUCUUGUCCUAUCUGGCUUCUUCUUGGCUCUGCGGUAUUUUAGGCGUUUGAGGACAGCUGAGUGGGUUACACCUGAUAUACUUCAGCGGAAGAGAUGGGUGAGGGGUGUCGUGACGAGUGUAGGGGAUGCAGAUAACUUUAGGCUGUAUCAUACCCCUGGCUUUGGGUGGAGGUGGCCACUGAAAUUCAGGAGACAAACGAUCCACGUUCGUAUCGCAGGUGUUGAUGCGCCCGAGGGAUCACACUUUGGUCGCCAAGCCCAGCCAUACGCUGUAGAAGCUCUCGCGUGGUUGAAGGAUGCGAUCGAGGGCAGAAUAGUCUACUGCCAACUCGUUCGGCGUGACCAAUAUUCUCGUAUUGUAUCUGUGGUCACUCUUUCGCCACCAUUUUUCCCAGGCUGGCUUAUUACAGGCCGGAGUCUCGCACUUGAGAUGAUCCGGGCCGGCACGGGCCUGACUUACGAACAAGCAGGUGCCGAAUACGGGAAGUAUGGAAAGGACGAGUUUUUGAGAGCUGAGGCUGAGUCGCGAGUUGCGCGCAGAGGCAUGUGGAAGCACGGUACAGUGGGUGAAACCCCCGCGCAGUAUAAACGGCGUUACGCGCAGAGUGGGACGGACAUUGAGGCUCAGGUCCAAGGUACGGCGAAGGUAGAGAAAGAGAACUCGAAGGAGGGUGGGCUGAGAAGGAUUUUGAAGAGACUUUGGUCAUGAAAUAGUUAAAUUCAGAUUGUGCACAGCUACUACAGCUAGCGGUGUGAAUAAUUGUCACACCUUCAUUCCCGGA